AUGUCCUCUGCUGCGACGAGAAAGCCGCCUGUCAGCCGGACAAGCGACAGCAAUAUCCCAUCGCCAUCGCCCUCGACCGCGCGGCAGGCACGAGCUUCGACACCAACUUCCACCGCUACUCCUACGCGCAGCAAUACCGUCGCGGGAACCCCUGCCCGCCGGGACUCCCUCAGAGCAGGCACACCUGUUUCCGCGCGAGCGGCCAUGCACAGGGCCACGUCUUCCCGCAGCAUUCCCACCUCGGAGGCCGAAGAGAUCGCGCGCGCAGAAGCUGCCGCUACCAUUGAAGAUCUCAAGGCCAGGCUAGAGAAGUCGGAUGCCGCCUCGGAGCAAUACAGAAAACAGACCGAUGUCCUGCAAUCAAGACUUCAAGAGACGCUCCAGGAGCAAGCCAAACUCGAGGAGCGAGUACAUGAAAGCGAGGAGCAAAUCGAAGCCCUUCGCAAUGAGAAGCGAGAAUCUGCAAGACAGAUGCGGGAGAUGGAAACCAUCUACGAGGCUGAAAAGAGCAAGAUCCUUAAGGAGAAGGACCAGAUGAGCAACCGGGAGGAGGAGAUGCAGGCUGUCAUCAACAGGUUGAAGGACACUAUCAACCAGAGGAACGCAGAGGAUGAUUACCGACCGACAAGACAAUCCAACAACUCCUCUCCUACCGUCGACAAUGGCCAGUUUGCUCCUCCGUCAUCCAUCAACCGCAGCGAUUCCAGGAACAACUCAAAAUUGCUGCUCCAGAAAGACAAGCUCAUUGAAUCCCUGCGGCUCGAGCUGGCAGAGGCGCAGAUCAAGCUCGUCGAAACCGAGAACCAGGGCGGCGGCCGCCUGCACGAGGUCGAGCGGCUACUGAUGGAAGCCCGCAUGGCCAAUGCACGUCUCAUGGAGGACAACGAAUCGUACCAGUUGCUACUGCAAGAAAAGACGCUGCAUGGGGACUUCGGCAAAGGCGAUUUCAGCUACAUGGGAGUCAACGCGAACCAAGAUGCCUUGAACGCCCUCGAGGGCCGUCCUAAUUCCAGCGAGAAGCAGGACACCCUUGGUAGCAGUCUAGCCGAUGAGCUAGGUGAUCUAGCUGACGAGUCAGCCAUCUCUCAUGUCGACGAUGCUGACCACCAGCGUCGUCUCGAGGGAGAAUUGCGUGUUCUCAAGGACCAAAACAAGGCGCUCACCCUGUACAUUAACAAGAUCAUUGAGCGCCUUCUCCAGCACCAAGAAUUCGAGCAUAUCCUCGAUCAGUCCACCGACAACAAGCCUGGUGCAGAUGUCAACAAGGAUCUUCCGCCGCCGCCUGAGAAGGCGGGUGCCAGUGCCUCCUUCCUUCAACGUGCAAAGUCGAUUGCUACAGGCAGCGGCACCGUACCUGCGCCUCCUCGACCGAUGAGCUUCAUGCCGUCGUCUGCUGUUCAUAACAACCCCGAGACUGCGCCAAGUAUCCCCAUCGGUCUUGGUCGGUCUGGUUCGACGAGACGCCCUGCUGGCCGUCCUCUAAGCGAGCAGUAUUCUAGUGCCGCCGGUAUUGUUAAUGCCAUGUACAAAGGUGGCGACGGCCCCAUGGGUCCCAUGUCACCAACGCUUUCCAACCCUCGUAACAGUGGUCAGUUCUUUAGCGGCACAGGUACGCCACGCGCAGUCUCUUCUAACAACGGUGCACCCACAGCAGGUAACUUCCCUGGCAUGCGCAGCGAGACUAGCAGCGUGAGUGGAGAGUCUGUCAAUGAAGGAACCAGCGCAAGCCAGAGCCCACCAAGGACGGUCAGCUCAGGCAGCCACAGCCACCACGGCGAGAAGCAAGGCGCUACUUUCGCCGGCAACAAGCCCAGACCGCUGAGACUGGUCCAGGAAGAGACAGAUCGGAAGGCUGCCGAGAACAAACGUGCUAGCUGGUUCGGCAACUGGCAGGGUUGGAAUGCCAAGAAGCCCGAAGAUGGCGAGACUAUUAGGGAGUAG